AUGAACCGGCAAACUUACAGCAUGAGAGCGGGCGGUGGAGGCAGAUCUUACAGCGCUGCCUCAGCUAUUAUUCCAAGCGGCAACAGGGCUGGCUUUAGUUCGAUGUCUGCGGCACGAUCUGGAGGAGGUGGGGGUGGUUUUGGAAGGCUCAUCGGAGGAGGCGGCAGUGGUGGUGGUGGUUUUGGCAGCAGGAGCCUCUACAACCUUGGUGGUAGCAAGAGGAUAUCCAUCGGUGUUGGAAGCAGCUUCCGAGCUGCGUUUGGGAAUGGAGCUGGCGGUGGCUCUGGCCUGGGAGGUGGCGGAGCUGGUGGCAGUCUUGCACUUGGUCUUGGUGGUGGAGGUGGUGGAUAUGGCUUUGGUGGAGGUGCUGGUGGGCUUGGCUUUGGUGGUGGACUGGGAGGUGGUGGAGGGCUUGGCUUUGGUGGAGUUGGGCUGGGAGGAUUCAGUGGAGGGCUGGGUGGUGGCAGGAACCCAGCGGGAUUUGGUGGUGGUCCGCCUGGAGUCAGUACAAUCCAAGAAGUGACUGUCAACCAGAGUCUCCUGGCACCGCUGAACCUGGAGAUAGAUCCAAACAUCCAUCAGGUGCGAAAAGAUGAGAAGGAACAAAUCAAGACCCUCAACAACAAAUUCGCUUCUUUCAUUGACAAGGUUCGCUUCCUGGAGCAGCAGAACAAGGUGCUUGAGACCAAAUGGACCCUCCUGCAGGACCAGGGUCAAAAAAACAACUCAGGCAAAAACAACCUUGACCCACUCUUUGAGGCUUAUAUCAACAACUUGAAACGGCAGCUGGCCAACCUGCUCAACGAGAGAGGACGCAUGGAUGGGGAGCUGAAGAACAUGCAAGACCUUGUUGAGGAUUUCAAGAACAAAUAUGAAGAGGAAAUCAACCGACGCACAGCAGCGGAGAAUGAAUUUGUGGUGCUGAAGAAGGAUGUGGACGCUGCUUACAUGAACAAGGUGGAGCUGGAGGCCAAGGUGGAUGCCCUGACCGAUGAACUCAGCUUCCUCCGAGCCCUCUAUGAUGCGGAGCUGGCUCAGCUCAGCACACAAGUGUCCGACACUGCUGUCAUUCUGUCGAUGGACAACAACCGGGACCUGGACCUCAGCAGCAUCAUAGCUGAAGUCAAAGCUCAGUACGAAGACAUCGCUAACAGGAGCCGGGCCGAGGCGGAGGCUUGGUACCAAACCAAGUUUGAGGAGCUGCAGGCCACGGCUGGGAAGCACGGGGACGACCUGCGCAACACAAAGGGGGAAAUCUCUGAGCUCAACCGGUUGAUCCAGAGGAUCCGGUCAGAGAUAGAGAACACAAGGAACCAGUGUGCCACCCUGCAGACGGCCAUCGGAGACUCCGAGGAGCGUGGGGAGCUGGCCCUCAAAGAUGCCAAGGCAAAGAUGAUUGACCUGGAAGAUGCCUUGCAGAAAGCCAAAGCUGACAUGGCCCGGCAGCUCCGCGAGUACCAGGAGCUCAUGAACGUCAAGCUGGCCCUGGACAUUGAGAUUGCAACCUACAGGAAGCUGCUGGAGGGCGAGGAGAGCAGGCUGAGCGGAGAGGGACUCAACCCCAUCAGCUACUCUGUCAUCAGCUCCAGCUCUGGUAUGGCUGGUGGAGCUGGGUUAGGAGGAGGAUUUGGUGGACUGAGCCUAAGUGGAGGCGGCAGCGGAAGCGGUUUUGGUCUUGGAGGCGGCGGCGGAAGCGGUUUUGGUCUCGGAGGCGGCAGUGGAAGUGGUUUUGGUCUCGGAGGCGGCGGCGGUGGUGGAGGCUACAGCUUUGGAAGUGGAGGAGGACUUGGACUCGGGGGUGGUGGUGGUCUUGGAGGUGGAUUUGGAGGAGGCAGUGGCCUCGGCGCUGCAAACCGUCUUGGCUACGGAGGAGGUGGCAGCAGUGGUCUGAGCACCAGCGGAGGGAAUUUCAGCUCUGGAAGUGCAAAAGGCACCAACCCAGGUGUGAAAAUUGUCUCCAAAACCUCCUCCAGCAAAAAAAGCAUAAAAAGCCAAAGCCUGAAGAAUGCUACACAGCCCGAGUAA